UAUCCCAGAGGACACGCCUCCUGUUAACUACGAACCUAUAAAUAUCAAGGCAUUUUUACUGAGAUUGAGAAGAACCCAGCAAAAUGGGGAUCUCCACAGUCAUCCUUCAAAUAUGUCUUUUAUUGGGUCAAAUUCUAUCUGCAGCAACAUCAACAACGAGAGACACCACAGACACUGCCUUCUGGGAGUUACUCAGCUCUGUUUCUGAGUCAGAUCCUCCCAGAACACGUGAUCAAGAGAAUUUCCAGACUAUAAAUGAUGUUAUAUUUGCCACGGAGGAACUCUCAACAGUGGGCCCAACAGAAGGGAUCCAAUCGGGCUUGGCCCUGAGGCUGGUGAACGGAGGUGACAGGUGUCAGGGCCGGGUGGAGGUCCUGUACCGAGGCUCCUGGGGCACCGUGUGUGACGACGGCUGGGACACCAACGACGCCAGCGUGGUCUGCAGGCAGCUGGGCUGUGGCUGGGCCGUUUCAGCCCCAGGAAAUGCCCGGUUCGGGCAGGGCUCAGGGCCCAUUGUCCUGGACGACGUGGGCUGCUCAGGGCACGAGACAUACCUGUGGAGCUGCUCCCACAGCCCCUGGAACACACACAACUGCCAACACAGCGAGGACGCCAGCGUCAUCUGCUCGGCUGCCCAGACCCAGUCCACAGUUGUGCCAGAUUGGUGGUAUCCGACAACUAAUUAUGGAACCGAAUCGGGUUUGGCCCUGAGGCUGGUGAACGGAGGUGACAGGUGUCAGGGCCGGGUGGAGGUCCUGUACCGAGGCUCCUGGGGCACCGUGUGUGACGACGGCUGGGACACCAACGACGCCAGCGUGGUCUGCAGGCAGCUGGGCUGUGGCUGGGCCGUUUCAGCCCCAGGAAGUGCCCGGUUCGGGCAGGGCUCAGGGCCCAUUGUCCUGGACGACGUGGGCUGCUCAGGGCACGAGACGUACCUGUGGAGCUGCUCCCACAGCCCCUGGAACACACACAACUGCGGACACAGCGAGGACGCCAGCGUCAUCUGCUCGGCUGCCCAGACCCAGUCCACAGUUGUGCCAGAUUGGUGGUAUCCGACAACUAAUUAUGGAACCGAAUCGGGUUUGGCCCUGAGGCUGGUGAACGGAGGUGACAGGUGUCAGGGCCGGGUGGAGGUCCUGUACCGAGGCUCCUGGGGCACCGUGUGUGACGACGGCUGGGACACCAACGACGCCAGCGUGGUCUGCAGGCAGCUGGGCUGUGGCUGGGCCGUUUCAGCCCCAGGAAGUGCCCGGUUCGGGCAGGGCUCAGGGCCCAUUGUCCUGGACGACGUGGGCUGCUCAGGGCACGAGACGUACCUGUGGAGCUGCUCCCACAGCCCCUGGAACACACACAACUGCGGACACAGCGAGGACGCCAGCGUCAUCUGCUCGGCUGCCCAGACCCAGUCCACAGUUGUGCCAGAUUGGUGGUAUCCGACAACUAAUUAUGGAACCGAAUCGGGCUUGGCCCUGAGGCUGGUGAACGGAGGUGACAGGUGUCAGGGCCGGGUGGAGGUCCUGUACCGAGGCUCCUGGGGCACCGUGUGUGACGACGGCUGGGACACCAACGACGCCAGCGUGGUCUGCAGGCAGCUGGGCUGUGGCUGGGCCGUUUCAGCCCCAGGAAGUGCCCGGUUCGGGCAGGGCUCAGGGCCCAUUGUCCUGGACGACGUGGGCUGCUCAGGGCACGAGACGUACCUGUGGAGCUGCUCCCACAGCCCCUGGAACACACACAACUGCGGACACAGCGAGGACGCCAGCGUCAUCUGCUCGGCUGCCCAGACCCAGUCCACGGUUGUGCCAGCUACCCAGACCCAGACCAUGGCUGUGACAGAUUGGUGGCAUCCGACAACUGACUAUGGAACCGAGUCAGGUUUGGCCCUGAGGCUGGUGAACGGAGGUGACAGGUGUCAGGGCCGGGUGGAGGUCCUGUACCGAGGCUCCUGGGGCACCGUGUGUGACGACAGCUGGGACAUCACCGACGCCAGCGUGGUCUGCAGGCAGCUGGGCUGUGGCUGGGCCGUUUCAGCCCCAGGAAAUGCCCGGUUCGGGCAGGGCUCAGGGCCCAUUGUCCUGGACGAAGUGGGCUGCUCAGGGUACGAGACUUACCUGUGGAGCUGCUCCCACAACCCCUGGAACACACACAACUGCCAACACAGCGAGGACGCCAGCGUCAUCUGCUCGGCUGCACAGAUCACCUCCUCUUCUCCAGAUUGGUGGCCCGCAACAAGUACAACCACUCAGACUACCCAGACCCAGACCACGGUUGUGCCAGAUUGGUGGCAUCCGACAACUGACUAUGGAACCGAAUCGGGCUUGGCCCUGAGGCUGGUGAACGGAGGUGACAGGUGUCAGGGCCGGGUGGAGGUCCUGUACCGAGGCUCCUGGGGCACCGUGUGUGACGACAACUGGGACAUCACCGACGCCAGCGUGGUCUGCAGGCAGCUGGAAUGUGGCUGGGCCGUUUCAGCCCCAGGAAAUGCCCGGUUCGGGCAGGGCUCAGGGUCCAUUGUCCUGGACGAAGUGGGCUGCUCAGGGUACGAGACUUACCUGUGGAGCUGCUCCCACAACCCCUGGAACACACACAACUGCCAACACAGCGAGGACGCCAGCGUCAUCUGCUCAGCUGCACAGAUCACCUCCUCAACUCCAGAUUGGUGGUCCGCAACAAGUACAACCACUCGGACUGCCCAGACCCAGACCACGGUUGUGCCAGAUUGGUGGCAUCCGACAACUGACUAUGGAACCGAAUCGGGCUUGGCCCUGAGGCUGGUGAACGGAGGUGACAGGUGUCAGGGCCGGGUGGAGGUCCUGUACCGAGGCUCCUGGGGCUCCGUGUGUGACGACGGCUGGGACACCAACGACGCCAGCGUGGUCUGCAGGCAGCUGGGCUGUGGCUGGGCCGUUUCAGCCCCAGGAAAUGCCCGGUUCGGGCAGGGCUCAGGGUCCAUUGUCCUGGACGACGUGGGCUGCUCAGGGCACGAGACUUACCUGUGGAGCUGCUCCCACAGCCCCUGGAACACACACAACUGCCAACACAGCGAGGACGCCAGCGUCAUCUGCUCGGCUGCACAGAUCACCUCCUCAACUCCAGGUUGGUGGCCCCUACCAAGCACAACCACUCAGAGACCAGGAAUCAACUUCUCCACUCCAGACUGGUGGCCCCCAACAACUACAACCACUCAGAGACCAGGAAUCAACUUCUCCACUCCAGGCUCCUUUCCAAGUUGUGGCGGCUUCUUAUUCAGUGCCAGUGGGAACUUUUCCAGCCCAUUCUACCCUGGAUACUACCCGAACAAUGCCAACUGUGUCUGGGAAAUACAAGUGAACCCCGGCUACCUCAUAAACCUGGGCUUCGACAGUCUGCAGUUGGAGACACACAGUAGCUGCAGUUAUGACUAUGUUGAAAUCCUUAAUGGACCACUUAGUAGCAAUGCCUCAGCGAGGAGAAUCUGUCGUUACACCAGGGAAAUAUUCACUUCUCAUUCCAACCGAUUGACUGUUCGAUUUCGGAGUGAUGGCAGUGUCCAAAACACUGGUUUUUCUGCUUGGUAUAACUCCUUUCCAAGAAACAUCAGCUUGAGAUUGGUGAAUUGGAACUCCUCCCAUCCCACAUGUGCUGGGCGUGUGGAAAUCUACCAUGGUGGCCAGUGGGGAACAGUGUGUGAUGACAACUGGGACAUUCAAGAUGCCCAGGUGGUGUGCAGACAGCUGGGCUGUGGAUACGCAGUCUCAGCCCCAGGAAAUGCCUACUUUGGCUCUGGCUCUGGCCCCAUCACCUUGGACGACGUGGCGUGCUCAGGGGCAGAGACCAACCUCUGGCAGUGCCGGAACCGGGGCUGGUUCUCCCACAAUUGUGGCCACUAUGAAGAUGCUGGAGUCAUUUGCUCAGUUGCACAGAUCAACUCCUCCACUCCAGACUGGCGGCCCCCAACAACUACAACCACUCAGAGACCAGGAAUCAACUUCUCCACUCCAGGCUCCUUUCCAAGUUGUGGCGGCUUCUUAUUCAGUGCCAGUGGGAACUUUUCCAGCCCAUUCUACCCUGGAUACUACCCGAACAAUGCCAACUGUGUCUGGGAAAUACAAGUGAACCCCGGCUACCUCAUAAACCUGGGCUUCGACAGUCUGCAGUUGGAGACACACAGUAGCUGCAGUUAUGACUAUGUUGAAAUCCUUAAUGGACCACUUAGUAGCAAUGCCUCAGCGAGGAGAAUCUGUCGUUACACCAGGGAAAUAUUCACUUCUCAUUCCAACCGAUUGACUGUUCGAUUUCGGAGUGAUGGCAGUGUCCAAAACACUGGUUUUUCUGCUUGGUAUAACUCCUUUCCAAGAAACAUCAGCUUGAGAUUGGUGAAUUGGAACUCCUCCCAUCCCACAUGUGCUGGGCGUGUGGAAAUCUACCAUGGUGGCCAGUGGGGAACAGUGUGUGAUGACAACUGGGACAUUCAAGAUGCCCAGGUGGUGUGCAGACAGCUGGGCUGUGGAUACGCAGUCUCAGCCCCAGGAAAUGCCUACUUUGGCUCUGGCUCUGGCCCCAUCACCUUGGACGACGUGGCGUGCUCAGGGGCAGAGACCAACCUCUGGCAGUGCCGGAACCGGGGCUGGUUCUCCCACAAUUGUGGCCACUAUGAAGAUGCUGGAGUCAUUUGCUCAGUUGCACAGAUCAACUCCUCCACUCCAGACUGGCAGCCUUCAACAACUACACCCACUCAGAAUCCUGUUUACAAUGUCACCGGCCCAGCCACAGCAAAUUAUUCCUGCGGAGGCUUCCUGACCCAAUUUUCAGGGAACGUUUCCAGCCCAUUCUACCCUAGGAACUAUCCGAACAACGCCAAGUGUGUGUGGGACAUUGAAGUUCAAAACAACUACCGGGUGACUGUGGUCUUCAGAGAUGUCCAGCUGGAAGGCGGUUGUAACUACGAUUACAUCGAAGUGUACGACGGCCCGCACCACAGUUCCCCACUGCUCGCCCGGGUUUGUGAUGGGGCAAGGGGCUCCUUCACCUCAUCGUCCAACUUCAUGUCCAUCCGCUUUGUCAGCGACAUCUCCAUCACCAAGAGAGGGUUCUUGGGCGAAUAUUACUCCAGCCUUUCCAAUGGGAACACGAAGUUGCUUUGCCUGCAAAAUCACAUGCAAGCCAGAGUGAGGACGAGCUACCUCCAAUCCUUGGGCUACUCUGCCAGGGACCUCGCCAUUCCCGGCUCAGACAGAAACUACCAGUGUCAGCCCCAGAUUACAUCGAGCCAGGUGACAUUCACGAUUCCCUACUCCGGCUGUGGCACCAGCCAGCAGGUGGAUAAUGACACCAUCAUCUACUCCAACUUCCUCAAAGCGACUGCUUCAAGCGGCAUCAUCAACAGGAAGAGGGACCUCCAAAUUCACUUCAGCUGCAAGAUGCUCCGGAAUAUCUGGGUUAACACAAUCUACGUUACUAAUGACACCAUCGAGGUUGAGAACAUACAAUACAGCAAUUUUGACGUGAACAUUACCUUUUACACAUCCUCUUCAUUCCUGUAUCCGGUGACCAGCAGCCCAUACUAUGUGGACCUAAACCAGAAUUUGUACCUUCAGGCUGAAAUCCUCCGUUCUAACGCCCCCUUAGCCUUAUUUGUGGACACCUGUGUGGCAUCACCGAAUCCCAAUGACUUUACAUCUUUGACCUAUGAUCUCAUCCGGAGCGGGUGUGCGAAGGAUGAAACCUACCGAUCCUACUACCAGCCCUCGUCCAACAUCGUCCGCUUCAAGUUCAGUUCCUUCCACUUCCUGAACCGCUUCCCCUCCGUGUACCUGAAGUGCAAGAUGAUCGUGUGCAGGGCGUAUGACCCCUUCUCCCGCUGCAACAGAGGCUGCAUCGUGAGGGCCAAGAGGGACGUGGGCUCCUACCAGGAGAAGGUGGACGUCGUCCUGGGACCCAUCCAGCUGCAGCCCUCCCCCCAGAAGAGGAACCUGGACCGGCAGGUGGUGGGCACAGAGGAGGAGACGAGCACCCACGGGAGCUACCACACUGCCGCCAUUUUUGCUGGGGUCCUCGUGGUCAUGGUCGUGGCCGUGGCAGCCUUCUCACUGGGGCGGAGAGUGCUGGUGGCCCGUGCCCAGCCUCCGAGCACUAGGAUGUGAAGCAGGAGGAUGCGCGGUGCUCAGACCCAAGUCCCUGUGCUCUGGAGCCGAGUGAGGAGGGAAGAAACCAGUGGCCAGAGCUUGCUACCCAGACCACACAACUGGGUUAAACCCUGGCCUGGUGCAUGGUGGGGGUGGACGGAGGAGUGGGGUGAGAAAGAUGAGAGCGGGUUUCCCCGAAACACAGGCUAGGGGCAGGGACGAAAUGUCAGGCAAGCAGGUCGGGGACCUAAAAAUCCCGCCUGCAGCUGGAUGCUUACACACUAGGAGCACUUGUGGAUAGAAUUUCUUUUCUGACCUUUUAGGAACCAGAUUCUUUGGCCUGGGGUGUAUAUAUCUUAGUCUUUCCUUGUUAUAGGGCAAGCUGAAUAAAGAACUUUUUUCAGA